UCUCUCCCCAAAAACAGCGCCAGUCAUGGACUUCUGAGCUCAGCCUCAGCUCACAGCCUCACACUGGUCACAGCUGCGGGCGGUUCCAGCGAGGUCUCCGCCUCGUAUAAAACCCCCCCUCUCUAGGCUUUUCGCCCUCAAAUCUCUCCUCUCUCUCUCUCUCCCCCUCAAUUCUCUUUCCCUCUCUUCAACCUCGACCAAAAUGAGCGAUUCCAAGUCGAAGGCCACCGGAGUUUGGACCACCGUCAAGCCCUUCGUCAAUGGCGGAGCAUCGGGAAUGCUCGCUACUUGUGUCAUCCAGCCUAUCGACAUGGUCAAGGUGAGGAUCCAGUUAGGGCAGGGAUCGGCGGCUCAGGUCACUAAGAAUAUGCUUGCAAACGAGGGAUUUGGUGCGUUCUACAAGGGGCUUUCUGCUGGUUUAUUAAGGCAAGCUACAUACACAACAGCACGUCUUGGAUCAUUUAGAGUACUUACCAACAAAGCGAUUGAGGCUAAUGAUGGAAAACCCCUUCCACUCCUUCAGAAAGCUGCAAUUGGUUUGACAGCAGGAGCAAUCGGAGCAACUGUUGGUAGUCCAGCUGAUUUGGCUCUCAUCCGAAUGCAGGCUGAUGCAACACUGCCCCUAGCACAGAGGCGGCACUACAAAAAUGCAUUUCAUGCGCUUACCCGUAUUGUUGCUGAUGAAGGGGUUCUGGCACUCUGGAAAGGUGCAGGGCCUACUGUAGUGAGAGCAAUGGCUUUAAAUAUGGGCAUGCUUGCCUCAUAUGAUCAAAGUGUAGAACUUUUCAGAGAUUCACUUGGGCUUGGAGAAGUUAGUACCGUUGUUGGGGCAAGUGCUGUUUCCGGGUUCUUUGCAUCUGCUUGCAGCUUGCCCUUCGACUACGUCAAAACUCAAAUUCAGAAGAUGCAGCCAGAUGCAACUGGGAAAUAUCCAUAUACUGGUUCUUUGGAUUGUGCUUUGAAGACCCUAAAGAGUGGAGGACCUUUCAAGUUUUAUACAGGGUUUCCUGUAUAUUGUGUGAGGAUUGCUCCCCAUGUCAUGAUGACAUGGAUAUUCUUGAACCAAAUCCAGAAGUUAGAGAAGAAAGUGGGAUUAUAGUUCCUGACCUGCUAAGCAUAUCAUAAUUUGUGUUGACUAUAUACUGUUUGUAAUAAGAUUCCGUCCGCUGUAACUCUUCGGCAUCUUGAAGGCCACUGACCCCAUAUCUCUCAAAGGAUUCAGUAUGCUGCAGGUAAGUUAUAAUAAUUUUUUUAUAGUAUUAUUCGGACGCUAUAGGAAAUUUUGGGGGGCAGAUACUUCAGCCAGCUGAAAGAACAUUGGAUCAUGCCCGAAUAUCGACCCAUUUGUGAAUUCAAGCACCUGUUUGUUGUUUUAUUGUUAAGAAUUCUGUUUCUAUGUGAUGUUCUCUGAGCAUUAAUAGAGCAGCUUCUUGAUUGAUAUGUGCGAUGGUUAUCAAGUCCCAUCCUGUUCUU